AUGUAUUUCUUUUAUUUGGUAGUAAAUAGCGGCCGGCUGUGUACUGCAAACAGCGGGGGGGGAUAUAAACUUCCCGAGCGCCGCAUUUUGGGGAUCAGAAGACUUUUGCCUCCCGCGGGCAGCGCAGGGACCGGGCGGGGCGGCGCUCCGCUUCCUCCGAGCACCUCCGGGAGGAUGAGCAGCAAGGAAGAGCAGAGCAAGUGCUGCCCGCCCGCUGCUCCCGGCUCCACCUUCACCAUUCAGUCCAUCCUGGGCAGCGGCAGCGCCGACGGCCCCCGGGAAUCCGGCCCCAAGGCGGCCCCGUGGCCCCCCCGAGGUCGGAACCUCUCCCUUUCCUCGGACGAAGAGGAACCGAACGAGAGCUGGAAACACCGCGGCUGCUUCUGCCCCGAAGCCCACGGCCCCGGCGAGCCGUGCCGCAAGCAGCAGCCCCUCGGCUUCGCCCGCCUCGGCAGCACCAAGGGCAGCGGAGCGGCGGCGGGCGGCGCGGAGCGGCCCCCCUUCCUCUCGGCCUCCCCGCAGGACUUUAAGGAGGACAAGGAAAAGCCGCUGGGACCCUCCUCGCCCUCCUACGGGGACCGACAGCGCGACGGCGGGGACCGGCAGGCCGGGGCCGCCAAGAAGAAGACGCGCACGGUGUUCAGCCGCAGCCAGGUGUACCAGCUCGAGUCCACCUUCGACAUGAAGCGCUACCUGAGCAGCUCGGAGCGGGCCUGCCUGGCCUCCAGCCUGCAGCUCACCGAGACCCAGGUGAAGACGUGGUUCCAGAACCGCCGCAACAAGUGGAAGCGGCAGCUCUCGGCCGAGCUGGAGGCGGCCAACAUGGCCCACGCCUCGGCGCAGACUCUGGUGGGGAUGCCGCUGGUGUUCAGAGACAAUUCCCUCCUGCGGGUGCCGGUGCCGCGCUCCAUCGCCUUCCCCGCUCCUCUCUACUACCCCGGCAGCAACCUCUCGGCCUUACCGCUCUACAACCUCUACAACAAGAUCGAGUACUGA